AUGAAAGGUUACUUGUACAGUGAAGAUGGCUCAUAUGCUUUUCCUCUCGGUCCCAAAGUAACGACAAUUGGACGAGAAAAUUGCGACAUCAGCAUUACUAGUCCUCAUGUUGAUAACCAACAUGCAUUGAUAGAAUAUGAUGAUGAACAACGUUGCUUUAUCUUAAAAGAUCUUAACUCAUCAACAGGUACUUAUGUACAUGAAUGUCGUGUUCAAAAUGCAGCUGUUAGAUUGGCUGAUGGAGAUUUUAUACGAUUUGGCUUUAAUGGUUUACCACUUGAAUUUCGUAUUGAACAACAUCAACAUCAACACCAACACCAACAUGAAACAACAAUGCCAUCAAUUUAUCCUCGACAACCAACUUCCAAUUCACUUCAUCUCAUAACACAAACAAUUCCAUCACGAAGGUCACCAAGUAGUACAACGAAUCAUCAACAACAAAUUGAUGUGCAACAAAAUACUGGAUUUUCUCUUAGAACUCGUGCGUUGAGUGCUGGAACAAAAAAAAUCUCAGGUAUAACACCAAGUAAUCAGACUAAUAAUGGUAUUCGUGAUUCAAUUGUUCGUCCUAAUGCUUGGACAAUAACUAGUACUUCAAAUCCUGUUCGAUCUCUAAUCAAUGGAAGUUUUAGUGGUGAAUUAGAUAUAUCGGGUCAAGAUAAUACUGAAAUAACAAAUCGUGUUGGUCAACUUGAAAAAGAAGUUAAAGGACGUGAAGCAGAAAUUCGUGAAUUAACUGAUAGACUUCGUAAUUUAGAACCGUUGAGUUCAACAUUUAAAACUGACGUUAAUACAUUAAAAGCUGAAUUAGAUAAAGUGAAACGGGAAAAGCAAGCUGCUUCGGGACUUAUUUCAAGUCUUCAACGUGAUCUUCAUUCAAAAGAAUCAAGUUUAGCAAAGUUAAAUCGUGAAAUCGAUGGAUUAAAAACUGAUAGUCGUGAUAAAGAUCUUAAAUUACAAUCACUACAAUCCAAGAAAAUUAACUUAGCUGAACAACAAAUAAAUGAAUUAAAUGAAAAUAUAAAUCGACUUAAAUCUCAAUUACAAGAUACAGAAAAAAAAUUAUUAAAAGUUAAUCAAAAUGAACAUAAAUUAAAACAAGAAUGUGAACAUAGAAUUUCAAUUGAAUGUGAACAUGCACGUAGACAACUUACAGAAGUUCAACGAAGUGAAGCAACUCUUAAAUCUGAUCUUGCUAGUGCACAACGAAAACAUAAUCAAUUAUGUGUAAAUAUUUGGCGUUGUUUCUCUAAUGAUGAUGAUGAUGAUGAAUAUGAUGAAGAUCAACAUAAUAUAAUUGAACAAAUCCAACAACUUCAACAACAAUUAAAUCAAUCUCGAAAUGAAUUCGAACAUCACCGUGAAACAUAUUUAUCAUCAAAUGAACAACUUAAAAUUUCAUUUGGAAAAUUUGUUGAUAUACUUGCAAAUGCAAUGCAAGAACAAACAACUGAACGUAUUCUUUUACAUGCUCAACAACAAAUGAUUGAAAUUGAAGAAACUGAUGAAGAUAGUCUUGUUGGAAUAUUUAAAAAAGCAGCAAUUAAUGCUAUUAAUUGUCAUGUUAAACUUAUCUCGGAACUGAAUAGUAUAAUUAUUAAACAAAAUGAUCAAGAACAAGAUUUAUAUACAAAUGAAAUUUUAGCAUUGAUUCGUCGUCAAUAUGAAGAACUUGAACGUGAAAAACAAAACUUAUCACUUGAACAAAUUACUCGGGAACAAACAUUUCGUUCUGAAUUAGAACAAAUUGCAACAGAAAAAGAGACAACUUGGCAACAACGUUUUAGUGAAGAAUGUGAUCGUCUUCGUGAACAAACAGCUCAAUUACAAAGAGAAUAUGAUGAACAAUCAUGUUCAUUUUCUGAUCGACUUGAAAAAGCAGAAUCACAAAAUAGUGAAUAUCUUGAGAGAUGGAAUAUACUUCAAACUGAAUCAGGUCAAAAAAUUGAUGAAUUAACAACAAAAUUACAGGAAUAUCAACAACAAUUAACUGAAGAAAAUGAACGACAGAAUCAAUUAAUAAAUAUAAAUGAAAGACAAAAAGAAGAAUUAAUUCAAUUAGAAAAAGAAAAAGAUGCAACUAUUGAAGAUUUAAAUCGUCAAAUUGAAGUUUAUAAAGAUCAAGUACGACAAUUUUCAAUAACAAUUAUACAAUUAGAAAAAAAUUUUGGAGAAGAACAAGAAAAACGUAUUAAACUACAAGCUGACUUUGAUAAUCUCAAUAAAAAUGACAAAGACAGGUCAUCAACAUCACCACCACCACCACCGCCAUCAAUUAUUGAAACAGUCAUUCCUGUUUUUGCUACACCUAUAUCUGAUCUCAGCCAGGAGUUGUUUGCUUAUAAAUCUCGUGUACAAGAACAAGAACAAAUAAUUGUUUCAUUACGACGUGAUUUAGCUGGUAUGACAGCUCGUUUAUCUGAUGUUCAAGGUGAAUUAAGUGAAAAACAAAAACAUGCUUUGGAAAAAAGUGAACUUACAAUACGUGAACAAACUAAAGAAUUAAAUGAUACCAGAUUAAAAUUAUCUAAAUUAAGUGAUAUUGUUGAUAAACAAUCAGCACAAAUUGAAACAUUACAAUCAGAUUUAUCAAAAUCUAAAACAUUAGCAAAUCAAUAUCAAUUAUUAGUUGAUCAACGUCAAGCUGAUAUUGAUCGUUUAACAAAAUCUCUUGAAGAAAAAAAUUUAGUUGUUGAACAAGUUGAAAAAAUAAAUCAUGAUGAAGGUCGUAUAACACAUGAAUUAGUUUCUAUCGGUGCUCAAUGUAAAGGUGAACGACAUGAACAAACAAUUGGACGACAACGUGAAGCAUUAAAUGAAUUACGUGCAAGAAUUAAAUCUUUAGAACAAUUACGACCAGUAAAUCCAUCAUAUGAAAAAGUUUUGCAACAAGUUGUUUUACUUAAACGUGAAUUAGCAGAAUUACGAGCACGACAAGCUUUACCAAAUGAUAUACCAUAUUUAACAACAACAUCAGGACCAAGUUCUAUUCAUCAACAAUCACAAAGACAAUCAAUAGCAACAACAGUACGACAAUCAUCAUCAACUACAACUCAUUCCGAACAAACACCUGAAAUACAAAAGAUUAUCGAAGAAAGAGCAGCACAUGCUGAAACAAUGAAUUCAUUACAAUCUAGCGAUGAAUUACACAACACACUUACACGAAAAUUAAUGAAUUUACUUGAUAUCGAUGAUGAUAGUCUAUUAAACGUAACUUCAUUAGCUAUUCUUCCAUCAACUGAUCGUUAUGUUGCUUUACAACAACGACAACGUACAAAUGAAAUAUUAAUACAAAAAAUUGAAAUGCUACGUGAACGUUUAACACGAAAAGAAGAAUUAUUACGUGAUUAUGAAAAAGAUCUGGGUAAAUUAAGACAAGCAGAAAUUUUAUUACGUGAAAAAGAUAUUUUAUUACAAGAUCUUGAAACAAAUAAACGAACAAAAGAUGAUGAAUCAUUAUUUCUUCGAAAUACUCUUAAAGAAACUCAAGAUACUUUAAAUCAAGAAAAACGACUUAAUUCAUCAAUUAAACUCGGUCGAAAUGUCGAUCAAUCUCAAUCAAAUGAAUUAAUUCGUCGUAGUGGUGGAUCAACAGCAACACUUCAUCAUCAUUGUCCACCUGAUGCAGCACCAAAAGUUCGAACAAUAAAACGAGAUAUGAAUCAAAAAAUCACUCGAAAAGAUUAUGAAAUCAAAACAUUAAAACAAGAAUUACAUGAAGCAUUGGAUACAAUUUCUGAACAAUCACAUAAAGUUAAAUUACUUGAAUUACAAUCGAAAACAACGAUGAGUAAUGCUGAUACCAAUAUGUUAGCGCCACAUAAUUCGUGA